AUGCCUUGGGUUCUUAAAAUCCUAAGAGAUUUCUGUGGCUGCUACAAGAAAGAGGUGCCUACCGAGGCCGAAAGAAAGGUUAAGGAGAUGGAUGGAUGCAAGGGAUCCCAAAGGCCAGCCCUACCAAGAAAGCAUGAUGCCAGGCCGACGCUUGUCCUGGAUCUUGAUAAUACCCUGGUGCAUUCAACCUUUGAGAUGCCUGAGAUCUACGACUUUUGUGUGGAAGUUCCAAAAAGCAAGGGCAUGUCCAUAUAUGUAAAGGUAAGACCGCACACUGCCGAGUUUAUCGAUGAGGUUGGAGCGAUGUAUGAGUUAGUCAUAUUCACAGCUGCAAAGAGAGAGUAUGCCGGAAAGGUUGUCGAGAUGAUCGAUGCGAACAAAAAUAUAAGCCACACGCUGUACAGGGAAUCAUGCACACUUACGAAUGGAAGAUAUGUCAAGGACCUCUGUAAGCUCGGAAGGCCUUUAAACAAAGUGAUUAUGGUUGAUGACAGCCCACACUCUUAUGAGUUUCAGCCCCGGAACGGGAUUCACAUUCCUCCAUACACUGGGGCAACAAAUGACGAUUCUCUUCUCAAGGUCAUGAAGUAUCUGAAGGAACUCUCAAAGGAUGACCUGGUUGGAAGCAUGGACCAAGUACCUUUCAGAGACGGAUUGAUGACAGGAUUGAAGCAUUGUGAUUGA